AUGCCGAUCAGAAUUGAAUGGUCCACUUUUGUUAAAAACAAUGGGGAAUUCUGUAUGAUUACGUUGAAACUAUGCAUUGAUGAGUUUGAAGGAAAAAAAGAUCUUUGUUUGUUUGUCCAAAAACUACAGAUUUUGGCUCCUCUCCCUAUUGGGUUUGCAGUGUUUUUGGUUAUCUUGGCAACAAUCCCUACUGCUGGAACUGGCAUCAGCCCUGCCCGGAGCCUCGGUGCUGCUAUCAUAUACAACAAGGAUCAUGCAUGGGAUGACCAGUGGAUUUUCUGGGUUGGACCCUUCAUUGGAGCUGCACUAGCCGCGUUGUACUAUCAGAUAGUCAUCAGAGCCAUCCCAUUCAAGAGCAGAGCCUGAGAAGUCAUUUUCUUCUUUCAUUUUGUAUUUUCUAUUUGUUAAUUUUAUUUUUUAUUUUUUAAAUCUCUAGUUGUGUUUUCAUUCUUUACCCAUGUUGUUGUUGAGGUUGCUUCUUGUGUAUAAAUGACUGGUUUUAAUUUUCUUCCUUUUUAAAUUGUAAGAUUGUUCCUUUGCUGUGGCUUAUUUGUCCUUUUUGCACCAUGAAAGCUUUGCAGGAUAUAGGGCUAGCCAUUUCAACUUUUAGAACCUU